CCAACCAGCGCCAGUGCGCCACUACGACGCGGAAACUCGAAGAGUCAGGAUGCCUACUACACGGAGCAGCGCUGUCAGCGGGAGAAGAAAAGCUCCCGAAAUCAAAGAUGUCCCCGUGGCCAAGAAAGCUAAGAGAGGACCCAAACCAAAGAAGCCAGAACCUGAAGAACCUGUAGCUGAGACUGAGCCAGUAGCAGUUGACGAAAAGGAAAAUGAGCCAGCAGCUGCAAACAAAGCAGAAGUGGAAGUGGCAGAGGAGAAUGGUGAAGCCAAUGGUGAUGCUAAUGGAGAUGCUGCAGGAGAAGAGGAAGAAGCAGAGAAAGAGGAAGAACCAGCAGAGGUAGAGGAAGCUGCUGCUGAGGAAGAACCAGCAAAGGAAGAGGAGGCUGCAGAAGAACCAGCUAAGGAAGAGGAAGCUGCCCCUGCAGAACCUGAGGCAGCAAAGGAAGAGGAACCAGCAGCAGAAGAAGCUGCUGCUGAAAAUGGAGCUGCAGCAGAGGAAGAAGUAAAAGAAGAACCAAAACCAGCAGCCAGAGGACGUCCGCGUAAAGGCAGAGGGAGGAAGUAAACUGUGAGAAUGUCAUUCAGGAUUGGUGUUGGAGAGGAAUAAACCAAUUGGGUUAAAGUCAGUCCUGGAUUUGCUCCCCAGGUGAAGGGGGUUGAUGCGUGAGUGACAUAGUAAGAUCCAGCCUCACCUGAACCAAAAGUGGAAUAGAGUGUACCUUUUGUGAAGUGAAUUGGUGUUCAAACCCAUUGCUGAGUCUUACCAAAUUAUAGGUUUUAAGUUUGUGUGAACGUCUCCUUAGGUUUAAGUUGGAUGAGUAGCGCCUCCCUGAAGUGUAUAUUUUUUCUGUAUAUGUGUUUAUACAUUAAGUUUUUGAUUUUUCUUUUUAUACAUUUUAUGCAUUGAUGCUUUGAAAAAUUGGUUCAUCUCUGUUGAGUGUUCUGCCUUGUGUCUUCAGCAGUGGGUUUCCAUCAAAAGUCAAAGUCAUUGUAGCUAUCUUUAAAAGCCUUCAGGUUAUUAACUAUGAAAAAGAUCUCAUAAUGCCUUGCUGAUGAAAGAUCUCAAUACACUACGAGAAAACUUCAAAGUAAUUACAGUACCUACAAUAUUGUAGCUUAAAUGACUUUGAGCUAUAAAACCAAGUCCACUUCAGUACCUACCUGUAAUUAAAAGUAAAAAAAAAAAUAUGUACAAAGUUCGUCGUUUUGGAGAUAUGGAAUGGGUGGUAGUUCUUUGUGGCACGAUCAUUUAGCGGAUAGAAGUGGAUUAAAGAAUUAUUCCGUUAAGUCGACGACAAAGCCUGAGGUACUACUACUUUGUAUCUCCUCUUACGAGGAACACUUAAUAUUUCUAGCUUUGCCACCAUUUUUGGAGGAUUUUGAAUUUCAGAUUUAUUGAAUUUGUUUUCUGCUUGAUAUAUGUUUGGAUCAUUUAAUCAAAAUUUAUUAUUGAGCUAAAGUCUUGAAAGUAAUGAUAAUUCCCUUAGAUGGUGCUAAUUUUUGUUCUAUUGAGUUUUUAAUGCACUAGAACCAGCUUUCAAAGCAUUUUUCAGAGUAUUUUAUUAUUCCGACAUACUAGACAUUGUAAUUUUUAGGAAAAAUAAAAUAUUUAAAGUAAUUUUAUUUUUAUUGUUGAAUACCUUAUGUUCAUUUUGAUAAGGAGGCACUUUACUUUCAUAUUAAAGAAGCCACUCCAAACAUAUCCACUAUUUAUUUGCCUGUACUUUUGAAUCCAAAAAUGUGGCAUUGUAGAGCACUUGAUUAGUGGUUAACCCUUUGCAAAAUUCAUAGGAAGAUUAGUUUAUUACUGUAGUCAGAAUGUUUAUACUAUAGCUCAUGUGUGAAAGUGGAUGUGUAUGUCGUGACCAUGAGGUUGAAAAUGCAGAUUGAGUGUUUGAUAAGACUGGUAACUCUAACAAUUCAGUUAUCCCAGUCCUUUCCUCUUUGGAAGGAGCUGAAAGUGGUUUCAUGGUACUUGAAUAUAUGACUAGAUGGUUGAGAGGUGUGAUUGGCUUGUGUAAUAGUAGUCAAAGUGUGUUUUAGAACAGGAUAAGAUUUCAUAUGAAAAACACUAUUGUAUUUUUUUCAAUUAAGUGCACGGCCUUCCUUAUUGAGGAGAAGCCUGUAGCUUUUAAGAAUAAGAAUCGUGUCUGUUUCAAUCUACAAUAAAAUCUUUGUUCA